CAAGCAAAAAUGCUACUUAUGCAAGAACCAACUUAUAAAAAAGGUUUUAAGUUUGAUCAUGUAUGGAAUCUAAUGAAAGAUUUUGAAAAGUUUAAGGAUAUCGACACCGGAAAGAAAAAAGUUCGAGGACAAGGCUCUACCUUGCAAUCAUCGGAGUCCGAGGCUCCUAGUCCUACAUCACCUAUAGUAUCAUCUCCUAACUUAUCAUAUUUUUCACUUAAUUUAAAUGAGAAUUUUUCAGGUCAUUACACUUCAUCUGAACGGCCUAUUGGGGUGAAGAAAUCAAAAUUAAAGAGAUCAAAAGAUGGAGAAUCUGCUACAUCUAAACAACAGGAUGGCGAAAGGCUAGAUAGAUAUAUCAAAGCCAAGGAAUUUAGAGGCGAAACUAAAAUUUUAAUGAAAAAUUUAGAAACUAUUAGUGAUCCAAAUAUUCAUGAUUACCUGCAACGAGAACAACAACGAAUACUUGAAAAAAUAAAUCAACAAUCACUACCGCAGUCACAACCGCAAUCACAACUACAAUCGCAACAAUUCUCGGAAUCAUAUCCUAAUUUUUUCCCGAAUAGUGCUAAAUCUGGAAACGACCUACCGGAUUUCUAA